CGCUCACACACCACCAUGGUUAAGCCAUCCACCUGUUGCGGGCGCAGCGACGACACCUGCGUGUGCGCGUCAGUGGCCAAAUGUUCGUGCGGCAAGAAUCCAGCCAUGAAAUGUGAUUGCGAAAAGCAAUCCCAGGAGAAUAAAGCGUUGGAAGGGCCGAGAUGUUCAUGCUACGCCCGCCCUGCCCAGCAAUGUACGUGUGAUCGCGCUGCCACCGAGAACGUCGCCCCGUCGGGUUCUACAUGCGCGUGUGGGAAGAGGAGCGCCACCAGCUGCAAUUGCUCCAGGGCCACCGAGGGUGGACUUCUGGCGACGGAGACUGAUUUCACGACGAAGGCAUAG